UAUAGAUACAGUUAUAAACGUCGAGUUAUUGUUCAUAUGCGUUCAGUCAAGUAUCCGUGUGUUUUUGCCUGACUUCUGCCGUCCGCUUUGCUCUUGCCUCCUUGAAUGGUGAUGCACCGAUUACACCGAGCCCAGAGAUGUUUUGGUUCAUGCAAGGAACGUGCUUUUUACCUACUUUUCUGGUAAUCUGGUCAUCGAGCACCUUUAUAAUAUCUUACAUCAUCGCAUUAUUUCAACGAGAUGUUGAUGUUAUCCUUCCUUACAUUAGUGAUACAGGGGCCACUCCACCUGAGAGCUGUGUGUUUGGAUUCAUGUCGACAAUCACCGCCUUUGCAGCUUUUGCCACUAUGUAUGCUGAAUAUAAAUUUGUAGGAAGAGUCCACGAGAGAACCGGCUCGGUGUCCCCUCGCCUGAACAAGGUUUCUUUUGGUUUCGGCGUCGUCUCUUGUAUUGGCAUGUGCUUGGUGGCUACCUUUCAGGAGACGACGGUGAUGCCCGUCCAUGAUUUGGGUGCUUUAUUAUUUUUCGUAUCUGGGGUUAUAUACACCUUCCUGCAGAGCGUGAUAUCCUACCGAGGUCUUCCUUAUGAAUGUCCUAAGUCCGUUUGCUGUUUCCGCGUGUUCUUCUCUGGACUGGCCGCUAUCGCCGUAAUACCCACCAUUGCCUGUGCAAUUCCCGUCGGAACAAGCAAACUUCACUGGGACACCAGCGAUAAGGACUACUCACUUCAUAUAGCGAGCGUCACGUGCGAAUGGAUUACCACUUUCAGUUUCGUCUUCUUCUUUUUAACAUACAUCAGAGAGUUCCAGCAAUUCAAACUGAAAAUGACCGUCAAUUUAACAGAGUAUUCGUGACGUUAAAGUAUGUCUUACUGUUUUUGCGCCUUUUUAAUGAAUUGUAUUUUUAUACAACUUACUACCUUUUUCAUGUUGAAAGAUCUGCUAAAGUACUGUGUAAUCGCUGUCGGUGUGUGUUUUUGUAGCUUGUAUUUUGUUCUAGAGAAAGGGCAUGAACCUUUACUUGAAAUGCAAUAUAACCACUUGACGCCCAAACAAUUUACAAAGCUGCGUCCUAGAGAUUCUCACUUUAGAAAACUUUCACGGUCGGCCAAAUCUGAGCACGUUCUCGCUCGCAUUACUCUUGACCCGUCUUUGCUUUGGUUGUAGUUCGAACUUCUUGCUGGUUUACUCCAUAAUCUUUACGAAAAUCCAGUGCAGCUGAAAAUGAGCAACAGGUGUUUUUAAUCUCGCACUUUAUAAAGUGGAUUGUAAAAAAAAAAAAAAAAAUCCAUGCUUGCACAAUGUGGAAUUGUGAAAUAAAACACAUGACGAUGAUGAGCACGACUGAA